GGCACCACCUUUGCUGUCGACAUCCACACCUUCAACACCUACACAUGGGAGAUUGAAGAGUUCAACACUCUUCUGGCGCGUCAUUGGCUUGAUUGCAAGCCUCGUUCUUUUCACAAUGUACACCUACAACACUACAAUGGAUACUGAGGACAUGGAAAUAUCACGAAGCAACCAUUCCAUUUUCAUUCCCUUUAUUUUCGAGUUCAGCCCCCAACAUGUUCCGCAAGUCAUGUGUACCGUUGAAGGCGUUGAUAUCCAUAUGCCCGUGGACACUGGAUCAACCGGGACUUUGAUAGGAGCUCCAAUACUACCCAACAUACCACCGACCGUGGGUACGCCAGCACACCACUUCUUUACGAGCAGCAAGAUUCUCUAUGUUGGUCGAAUGGUUGAGCUAGCCAUGAGCUUCACUGGUGACGGCGGCUCAUACGCGACUGCACAGGUCCCUGUGCUUGUUGUUGACAAGAGCUGGAGGUGUCCUUGGUAUGAUCCCCUGGUUGACCGGUUCGAGUGUCCAACAGGUCCCCACGGUGAGCAAGCCGUAGAACGGGACACGUCGCAAAUUACCUACAUGGGCAUUGGUUUCGGAAGAAACAGCCUAAAGGAUGGAAUGCCCUUUGCUACACCUCGCGUCAACCCGCUCUUAAACCUCUGCGCUAUUAAUGGAGAGUCAAUUGAGCGCGGGGCGAUGCACGCUGGAUAUAUUGUAUCACGUGAGGGUGUCCAAGUUGGCUUGACGCCAACAGCCAUCGGAGAGUUUGCUUUUACCCAACUGGAGCCUGGCUUGACUUGGGCGGAGGAUAGCAGGGACUGGGCGAUGGCAAGCAUGUGCUUCAGCGUCAAUGGCGAGGGAAGGAAUUGCGGUAGUGUGCUUGUCGACACUGGCAUAGCGCAGAUGUAUAUCAGAACGGAGAAAGGUGCUUCGAUGCCAA